UUAUUCCGCCUCAGAGCUUUAAUGAAAGAGGAUGCCUGAACACAGAGUUUACAUAACCCGGCAAGUUGGACAGGAGGCACUGUCGAUUUUAAAGGGAAAAUGUGCAGUUGAAUUAUGGGAUAGUGAAGACCCCAUUCCAAAAGAAACACUUUUAAAGGCCGUGAAGGGUGCAGCAGCCUUGUUCUGCACAGUCAGCGACACCAUUGACAAAGACGUUCUGGAAGCGGCGGGACCCUGUCUGAAGGUGGUAGCCACGAUGUCUGCUGGCACAGAUAACAUAGACGUCUCGGAGUGUUGUCGCCGUGGGAUAGAGGUCUGCAAGACACCGGACAUCGCAGCAGACGCAGCCGCAGACAUUGCGGUGGCGCUAAUAUUAAUGACAUCACGAAAAAUUGUCCAAGGUAUUGACGCCAUCCGUCAAAAUGACUUCCAUUGCUGGAAACCAUUCUGGUUGUGUGGUAUGGGUCUUAUUAAUAAAACCAUAGGAAUCCUUGGGUUUGGACGGGUCGGGUUCGGAAUAGCACGAAGAAUGAAACCUUUCGGAGUGAAACGUAUAAUCUAUCACGACGUGGAAGAAGUUGAAUAUGCCGAGAACUGUGCUGACUAUGUGUCUCUGGAUACAUUGUUCAGCUCCGCAGACAUACUUUGUAUCUGUUGUGGCGUCACCGCGGUAACUAAAGGAAUGGUUGAUACUAAAUUAAUCCAAAGAAUGAAAAAGACUUCCAUUCUUAUUAAUACAUCUAGAGGUGUCAUUAUAAACCAUGACGAUCUGGCAGACGCACUAAAAGAUGGAACUAUUGCCGCCGCCGGAUUAGAUGUCACUGACCCGGAACCACUUCCUGUAGGUCACCCUCUUCUGUCACAACCCAAUUGUGUGAUUCUACCUCAUAUGGGUACAAACACCACCGAAACAAGAAUUGCUAUGAGUACCAACACGGCCAAAAACAUUCUGGCAGUUCUAAGUGCUCUUUAAAAUGACUUUUAAUGCAUGGAUUUCAUUGUAAUGCAUGUUGCAUGUAGCGUUUUUGUUUGAUUUUAGAAGCUUGAGAAUUAUAUAUUGAUUAUACGAGUACAUUAAAUAAAUUUUAAGUCAACUUGGUCACACAAAUGACUUACUGCGA